UGACCUGACAUAGUUAAAUGAUAAGGGAUUGUAAAGUUUCAAACGUUAUUAUUUCUUUGGGUGGACUAAUUUAAACAAUGAAUAGCAUUUUGACAACAGACUUGCAUGGCAUGAAGGGUAAACCGAAUGGGAUCAGCAUUAACAAGACAUGGAAAUGACAUCUCAUCUACCUACCUACAUUUACAUACAAAAUAGUCGUUAUUGGACGGGUUUAUUCAACAUAAAUCUAUUUUAAGGGAAUUACUUUUUACAACUGUUUGAUACAGGCUUGACAUACAUGAUUAAAACAGCAGCGAUUUAUGGAUAUAUAAAUCGGAUACAUUUACAUUUUGCUACAUUAGUUGAAUAUGGUAUUUGUAACUUGAACGAUAUGUGGGAUAAUUUCCUGCAAGUUAUAAGUGUUAGGAAUAUUGUGUUUAAAAGAGGGAAAAAUGAAUGUCAUUGAUAAAUUCAAGCUGUGUGGAUUUAAUAUAGGUGGAUUCAUUUUGUUUAGAUGGAUUUAUCAAAUUUAUUGGCAAAACAGGUUAUUGCCAGACAUAUAUAUGUUAUUUGGGCUUGUGGCAUUGCUCGUGGUACUUGACAUUAUUCGGCUGCGACCAGGCAAAAGUCUUAACAUUCAGGGAAUUCUUCUUCAAUACAUUGUACAAAAAGUGCUUUCUUUGUUUGGCUACUUUAUUCAAAAGCGUCUGGAGUCAAUGAGCGCAAAUAUUCAGGAUCACCAAGAUAAAUUACUUUUAAAUAUUUUAAAACAACAGUCUGAAACUGAUGUGGGGAAAAUGCUUCGGAUUGGCGAGAUAAAAAGUGUAGAUGACUUUCGUAAAUCAAUUCCUUUGACGAUGUAUGAUGAUUAUGAACCAUUCGUAAACAUAAUAGAGGAAUCUGGAUGCAGCAAUGUGUUCUUUCCGGGAAAAGUCGAUUACAUUGCAUGUACUUCCGGUACAACUUCCGGAAGUAGCAAAAAAUUCCCGAAAUCUUUUUCAAUUUUACGAAAAACUAGUGGCAAGUGGCUGAUUUUGGCACAAAAGUGCUUUACCAAUUUGCCAAGAAAUCAAUUUAUACGAAAAUGGCUUGCAGUGAGGUGUACUUCAAAUAUUUGGCUAUCUAAGUCUGGAAUAAAAUGUGGACCUAUAUCCGGUUUAGCAUCAAAUUUUUCUCUAAACUUUUACGUCGUUCCAAAUAUUGCCAAGGAUUUGAAAGACGAUGAAACAGUGAUAUAUUUAAAUCUUGUAUUUGGGUUAAAGCACCCUGAUAUUUGCAAUUUAUUUUUCUCCACUGCCCAAAUGGCGCUUUCAUUUUUUCAAGUACUUGAACGAAAAUGGCCGAGUAUAUGUAAUGACAUUGAGCAUGGAACACUAUCAUCUCUAAAUGGGUUAACAAUAAACGAAAGGAAUAGUCUUAUUCAAUCAUUAGGAGGGGGUGAUUCAGACAGAGCGGAGUUUCUCAGAAAAGAGUUUGAGAAUGGUUUUAUUGGAAUAGUUCCGAGGGUUUGGCCAGAAUGCCCAGGGAUGUUUUGUUUGGCAACCGGUUCUUUCAUGACACAGGCUGAUGUUGUCAAGAAACGAUAUUUAGACUCUGUACCUAUAUUUUCACCGUUCCAUGCAGGCACGGAAACGUUUUACGGCAUAAAUCUUCAUCUUGGAGAACAGGAAGUGACGUAUACAUUAAUGAUGCCAUUUAACUAUUUUGAAUUCAUACCCGUCGAAAAUACAGUGGAAGAAAACCCACAAACUUUGCAGUGUAAUCAGUUAUCUAUUGGUGAAAAAUACGAAUUAGUAGUCACAACAUGGGAAGGGUUGUAUCGGUACAGAACAGAAGAUAUUGUGGAAAUUGUUGGCUUCUACGGGACGAUUCCUCGCUACAAAUUUGUCCGAAGGAGGAAUGAUAUAUUAAGUGCUACGACAGAACAUGUUCCGGAAACUUUGGUGUCGGAAGCAAUCCGAAAAGAAGCAGUCACGUGGGACAAUGAUUUAGUUGAUUUUGUUACGACAGAAAACAUUUACAUAAAUAAAGUGUUAGGCCAUAUAACAGAGGAACACUACUAUACUGUAUUUAUUGAGCUAGAACAUGACGAUAUUCUGGUGGAAAAUGAAAGUGAAAAGGUUGAUUUACAUUUACAAUCAUUGCAUGAAAUGUACCAGAGAUUCCGGGAUAGCGGUCGUCUGCAGUCUUUGAAAAUAGUUCUAGUACGCGGAGGAACGUUUCAAAAUAUCGGUCGUCUGAUCCGGACACUAAACAAAACUACAUCGCUUAUGCAAUACAAACUUCCGAGAAUCAUGAGGAAUGAGAAACUCGUACAAUAUCUUUUAGACAAUCGUUUAAAUACCCAUGACAUAAAAAAGGAUAGUUGUAAUUCUGUAAGUGAUCAUCCUCCAAACCCUCAGGGAUAGAUAAUAAAAUAUUAGUGAACAUUAUUAUUAUUAUCAUUAUUAUCAUCAAUGUAUUGAAGUGUUAAUUUCUUCAAAAUCGUGAAGUGUAACGCAAUAACUAGUUGCCGGGCGUUUCUAGUUUGUUUGUUUACUUUAACGGCGCUACAACACAGAUUAUGUCACAUAUUUCCGAAACAGGAAAGAUGAUUUUUGCUAACCUCGGGUGUUGCAAUCUUCAAAGCAACACCAGGGGUGAAAAACAACCCACCUGCUCGAGCUCAGAGAAUCAUAGAUUCCAGUGAUUCAAUCUCUUUUAGCCGCCUCUUACGAUUACGCAGGGAUAAACGGUGGCCUCAACUAUUAAAAGCAACCCCUCAGCUACACGGGGUUCCUAACGUUUCAAAAGUUUCCACAGCGUUAGGUUGUGUUUAAACUGUGUUCGUUCACACGUUAUUGUUGACUUUUGUGAACUCUCUGCUUUUAUUGAACAAAAUUGUCAUGAAAUACGUUAGUAUUUAUCAAUUUAAGUGAAAUUCCUACAGAUGAUGUUUAUGAUAAUGGUUUUUAUUAGUUCAAAGUGUCAUAAUAACAUUUUAUUAUUAUUUAAUGUUAAAAUAGUCAACAAGCAUACGUUGCGUUUUUAAAUUGUUCUGUGUACGAAUGUAUUAACAAUGUGAGCUAUUGAAGAGUUCGCACAUAACUUUAAUAAAUGCCAAUAUUAAACCAGUGUUAAAUAA